AUGAAGAAAGAGACGAACGAUAGUAAUGAUUGCAAAGUUAGAUGCUCCAGUUUGUUUGAAGGGCACAGACACAGGCCUAUUUCUGCACCACCUGUGGACAAGCUUUUUCUUGAGGAUGAGGUUGAGCUUGGAGAUAUCCAGACUGAUCUGAACUACUCGAUGUUUUACAGAAGAAAUUGUAAGAACGAACCGAGACUACAGCCACCGAAUUUCUUUAUGAGAGGACAAAGUGGGCACUGGACCAGUCAGUACGAUGACUUGAUUGCCAAGGCGUUUUCAAACACUGGGUUUCUUGACGUGAAGACAUAUGGAGGACAACAACCUGAAUCCAAAAGCAGUAUGUCACUUGCAGAAAGAAUAGACGAGGACUAUCCUGAGUCAGAGAAAAGUAUUGAAUACAAAGGAUCUUCGAGGGCAACAACACCUAUUGGAGAUGCAAAUGUGCUUGAUACAGAGGCAUUCAAUGCAAUGCUGAAUAUACGCAAUAAAAGUUUCAAUGAAGCAGGCUCUAAAGGAUGUAGAAGUGUUGAUGCUUACAUUAAGGAUAUAGAAGGCAUUGCGAGUGAGAAUGAAUUUUUGAGGGAGCUGCUGGAGAUAUACGAGGGACAGGAGGGAAUAAACAAAUGCGGGGAUUUUUCUGUGAAAGAUAUAUGUGUGAGUGUUAGCAAGGACCAAGAAGGAAGUAGAUGCAUCCAAAAGAAGAUGGAGGAUGUGUCAAGGGAGGAUGUAUCCUGGUUUUUUGGGAAUAUAGUUGAUGCAUCGCCUGAGCUUUCAGCAAAUCUAUUUGGGAAUUAUGUUAUACAGAAGAUUAUACCGCUGCUUAGCAAUGAAGAAAGAGACCUGCUUAUAACGAAGCUUGCAGGGCAGGUUCAUUUGCUUUCUGUACAUCCAUAUGGAUGUAGAGUAGUGCAAAGGCUAGUUGAUGUGUCGUCGAAUGUAGACUUUAUCCUAGAGGAGGUGAAUGGAGGGUUGCUUGAAUUGAUUGAGGAUCAGAAUGGGAAUCAUGUCGUACAGAAGUGCAUUGAGAAGUGUAGCGACAGAAGAAGCAUAUUGAAGCAGUUUGAGAAGAAUUCUCUUUUUCUUGCAACACAUAAAUAUGGCUGCAGAGUGAUACAAAGGAUGCUUGAGUUCUGCAAGGAUGAGGAAGUGAAGGAGGUAGUGGAUAUUCUUAUGAGAAGCAUAGAUAUCCUUGUGGAUGAUCAGUAUGGAAACUAUGUGAUACAGCACAUCUUGACUGUUGGGAGGGAGAAUGAAAGGAGUGUGGUUAUUGAUAAGAUAGUUGAGAGGAGCUAUGAGCUAAGCAAGUGUAAGUUUUCAAGCAAUGUUGUGGAGCAAUGUGUGCGUGCAUCAAACAGUAGUCAACGACGCAAGUUUUUGAAGAAGUUUCUUGAGCCUGUGGGAACGAAGCCGAAGAUAUACCUGAUGUGUGUGGACAUGUAUGGAAACUAUGUUGUGCAGAGGCUGUAUGACUCUUCUGGAGACGAUGUGAAGAAUGAGAUCAAGAACAGCCUUCGGCCAUUCAUCAAGGACCUGAAGAAGUCGCCAUUUGCAAGGCAUAUUCUGUUCAAGAUCAGUUCAUGA